AUGUCCAGCAUGAACGAAGCUACUUCUUCAACACAUAUCUCCCUCGAAUUCUCUGAUGUGAAUUACGAAGUUCCCAUUAAAGGGAAUCAACGCAAGAUUCUCACAGAUCUCUCUGGGCGAAUCGAAUCAGGGAGACUGACUGCCAUCAUGGGCCCUUCGGGGAGUGGUAAAUCGACGUUCCUCAAUGUGCUCUCUGGACGCACGACUAACAAAGGAAGCUGCCAACUCAGCGUGCCCGCCCUGACUGGCGCCUGUGGCCUGAACAUGUCUGCCAAUACAGAGAGGUCUGUGUGA